AUGGGAGGGAGGGGACGGGGGAAACCUCUCACGCCGCUCUGGCAGCCCCCCCGACCCCACUCCCCCACCGGCGCCGCUCAGCACUGGCCGAGGCACGGAGCUGCCGCCGACAGCGGCACACGCCAUUGGUCCUCCUGGAGUUUGGACCGGCCCGACGCCGUGGUGACGCCGUAUGACACCCCCCCAGACCGCUGCGUUCCCAUCAGGCCGCAGGCGUCCAGUCAGCACUACAGCUACAGUUGCCAGUCUUCUCCAGGGCACUACAGCUCCCAGCAUGCCCCAGGGCAACACAGUGAUCCCUGCUGUGACCGUGAAGAGGCUGAGCUGUCUGAGCUAGACUCCCUUUACCAGGCCAGUCUGCUGGCUGGAAGGACAGGCUGCAGCCCAUCGGAGAGGCUCAUAUCCAGGGUGGGAGGACAGGCUCGCUCCAAGACCCCCAACGCAGACAUGGAGAGGAGUGUGUACGGGGCGGACUGCGCCAGCACCCCCACCUACCUCAACAAGCCAAUGAUGUUGCGGGAUCUGCGUUUCGGGGCGGAGCCUGACGAUGGGGAAAACCUGAGGCGAAUCGGACGCAGCCUGAGCGGCACAGUAGUGACCCCGCGCCGCAGCCGCCUGACUGCGACCCGCAGCUUUGAGCUGUCGGGGGGUGCAGGGACCUUCUGGCUGUGUCUGACGGGGGUCAAGCUGUCUUCUGACCAGAGUCCUUCUCUGCUUCACUAAUGUCUCCA